CGUUUUUCUAUAUAAAGGCUUCUUCUCUCAACGGCCUUCUAACACUCCCACUCACAAUCAACAACCACCAGCCAGCCACCAUCUUUGUGUGACCCUUCUCCAUCGUCGGCCACUCUCCUCUCCCUUUUCGAUUCCCGUCUGCCUCCGACCAAGUUGGGAAAAAAUCACGCUCCUGGAAAAAUGGUGAAGAAUGUAGGAAUUUUGGCCAUGGAAAUCUACUUCCCUCCUACCUGUGUUCAACAGGAAGCGCUGGAGUUUCAUGAUGGAGCAAGCAAAGGGAAGUACACAAUUGGGCUUGGCCAGGAUUGUAUGGCAUUUUGUACUGAUGUGGAAGACGUCAUCUCCAUGAGCUUGACUGCCGUUAAUUCACUCCUGGAGAAGUAUGGUGUUGAUCCCAAGCAAGUUGGUCGCCUUGAAGUUGGGAGUGAGACUGUGAUUGAUAAAAGCAAAUCGAUCAAGACUUUCUUGAUGCAGAUCUUUGAGAAAUGUGGAAACACCGACAUUGAAGGUGUGGACUCGACCAAUGCUUGCUAUGGAGGAACUGCAGCUCUGUUCAACUGUGUAAACUGGGUUGAAAGCAGUUCGUGGGACGGUCGAUAUGGGCUUGUUGUGUGUACUGAUAGUGCGGAGGUGUCUUUGUGUGUUCAUCAGGUCUAUGCUGAAGGACCAGCCAGGCCUACUGGAGGAGCUGCAGCAAUUGUCAUGCUAAUCGGCCCAGAUGCACCUAUUGCUUUUGAAAGCAAAUAUAGGGGGAGCCAUAUGGCGCAUGCCUACGACUUUUACAAACCGAACCUUGCAAGCGAGUAUCCGGUUGUAGAUGGCAAGCUUUCUCAAACGUGCUACCUCAUGGCUCUUGAUGCCUGCUACAAGCAUUAUUGUGCCAAGUAUGAAAAGUUUGAAGGAAAGCAAUUUUCUAUUUCUGAUGCUGACUAUAUUGUUUUUCAUUCACCUUACAACAAGCUUGUACAGAAGAGCUUUGCCCGUUUGGUCUUUGAUGACUUCACCAGGGGUGCAAGCUCCAUUGAUGAGGCUGCUAAAGAGAAGUUCGCACCAUUUUCAAGUUUAUCUGGCGAUGAGAGCUACCAAAGUCGGGAUCUUGAAAAGGUGGCUCAACAAGUUGCCAAGCCGCUUUAUGACUCAAAAGUGCAGCCAACCACAUUGAUACCAAAACAAGUCGGGAACAUGUACACUGCGUCAAUUUAUGCUGCUUUUGUGUCCCUUCUGCACAACAAGAACAGUGAACUGGCGGGCAAACGGAUUAUAAUGUUCUCAUAUGGAAGUGGUUUAACGGCCACAAUGUUCUCCUUAAAGUUACAGGAAGGACAAUAUCCUUUUAGCUUGUCCAACAUUGCUUCAGUGAUGAGUGUCGAUGAAAAAUUGAAGUCAAGGAUUGAGGUUGCACCAGAGAAGUUUGUGGAAACCCUGAAGCUAAUGGAGCACAGGUAUGGAGGGAAGGACUUUGUGACAAGCAAGGACACAAGCUGCUUGGCCCCAGGAACAUACUACCUCACUGAAGUCGACUCGAUGUAUCGAAGAUUCUACUCACAGAAGGCAGCCGAUGGCGCUCCUGCUGCUAAUGGCUCGAUCAUCAACGGUCACUGACGUAGCGGGAACUGGAGUUAAUUUGAGUCGGAUGUAGUACUUGAAGAGAAGAAAUUUAAGUACUCGGUGUGUGGCUUUUUUAGAUGUGAUCAGUAGCAGCAGCAGCAGCAGCCUAUGCAGACAAGUGUGCCUGUCUAGACUAGAGCAAGCAAAUGAUUUCUAGUGUCCUUUCCUAAUUUAUGUUGUUCAUUUCUCUCCCAUGAUUGUAUCUUUCUGUCCGUCUUUAUUUUGUAUGAAGCGCAAUUCGUGUUGAGAAACUAAUAAAGGCGCAAUUUCCUUCCCACUUUCAGUCAUGUUUUGCACUUGUAGUUAGGGGUGUUGAAAUGGUUUGGUUACCAUGGUAACCAUUUUAACCAGUAUUAUUUGGUUUGGUUAAAGUUUUUAGCUUGUUUGGUUUAGGUGGUUUGGUUUGGUUUCCGACACUCCUAACCAGUCAAACCAAAUUAA